AUGAAGCCGAUGUUUUGUGAUAUAGUCGGAGCAGCUGCGCAACUGGAACGAUACGUUUCUCGUUCGUAUUGCGAUGUGCGAUGUAAGAUUGAUCCUCUAUGGCCGGAUAUUCUACUCAUUCUCCAUACCGAUGACUCCGAGGAAGAAAAAGGAUUCGUUGUGGAAUAUCGUGAGGCACUGCGCGGCCGAGUACCACCGAAACCGCAACCUACUCGUCGUAUUCCGGUCAAGGAGCCCAUCAAUUUUCAAUCUGUUCGUCGACAGCUCGAUAUUGGUAUUCGAUAUCUCGAUUUGCGUGUAUCUUAUCCUCCUUCUGAUGUCCGAAUUUCAAGAACGAACUUUCGCGUGGUUCACGCACUUUAUGGUCCAAGCAUCCAAGAAGUUCUACAGCAAGUAAUCGAGUUUUUGGAAGAAAAUAAAAAAGAGGUCGUGAUUCUUGACAUGAAUCAUUUCUUCAACAUGGACAAAUCAACGUAUAGAGUACUUCAAAAUGAAGUAGUUGCAGUACUUGGGAAGGAUCAAAUAUGUCCUUUCAUGAAUGUAAAUUUGGUUUCCUUAGAUUUCAUGUGGAAGAACGGUUACCGGGUGGUAAUUUUUUCUUCUUUUCCUGGAGGCAAUCCUACUCUUUUUUGGCCGGCGGUUAUGAUUUCUUCACCGUGGCCAAAUACUAACAAUGUUGGCGUUCUACUUGCAUUCCUUGAUUCAAGCCUGGAACACCGUCGAUACAGUCCGCAUGGAUUUUUCGUUACUCAAGAUUCGUCGGUGGCCGUCUACGUUGCAGUCGUCGUUCUGUCAACGAACGAAUGGAAAAAUGCUAGAAUGGCUCGAUAA